UCAAAAUGAGUUUGAUUCGGACGGAGGAGAAAGGCUCUGUAAAUUUACUAUUUUCCAUUGGUCAUCAGAUAAAUAGUGAGUCCAUGAUUCUUCCAUUUAUCCUCGUCCUCGCCUUAUUUGACUUUGACAAUGUUUUGCUUUGGACACAUGAAAUUUCCUUAGUUUCACACAAAAUUUGGUUUUGUGACGCCAUUGACAUUUUCUAUUAUCUUAACACAAGACUUUUUUUAUUAUUUUUUUAUUUCUAUUGCCUUCUUCCUCCAUCCACGCAACCACAACGCAAAAACUCAAAUUCAAAAAUGGCUACCCUUGCAAAACUUCUUUCCUCCAUUUGUGUAUGUGUUAUCGUCAUGUUAACAACAAAAGCAGUUGAAGCAACACCAACAUACACAGCCACUCACUGCACAAACACAACCACUUAUGCACCCAACUCCACUUUCCAAACAAACCUUGACAUCCUCUUAUACUAUUUCUCCAAUAAUAUCUCUCAAUCCAACGGUUAUUUUCUCGGCAUCACUGGUUUCAAUAGCGUCAACGCCGUCGGUGGACUCUUCCUAUGUCGUGGCGACGUCGCCACCACCGUAUGUAACCAGUGUCUCACAACUGCAAUCAAAGAGAUAAGACAGCAUUGUCCAAACCAAACCGAAGCACUCAUCUGGUACGACGAGUGCUUGGUUCAUUACACAAAUAGGUACUUUGCCGUCGACAAGAUUGACCCUAGAGUCAACCUUAACGACGGAAAUAUUGUCUCUAGCGUUGACUUGGGACGUUUCAACCAAUCUCUGCAUGGGUUGUUGAAUGAUUUGGCAACAGAAGCCUCCGGGAGUUCUGAGUCGAAGAAGUUUGCCGCCGGUGAAGUAGUGGUGACGGAGUCCAUGACGGUGUAUGGAUUGAUGCAGUGCACGAAUGACUUAACGAAUAGUGAAUGUGGGACGUGUUUGAAAAAUGCUAUUGGAACUAUUCCUAAUGGAAAACAGGGUGCAAGAGCUUUGCUUCCUUCUUGUAAUGUUAGAUAUCAACUCUACCCUUUUUUCACUUCAUCUUCGCCUUCAUCUUCAGGGGGAAUGAAACUUGGACCUGGCACAAUUGCGGUCGUGGUUGUCGUGCCCAUUUUUUUCCUAAUUAUCUUAUUUCUAGGUUGCUACUAUUUCAAGAGAAGGUCAAAGAAGAAGAUACUAUUGCCAAGUAUAAUGGAAAAUUUUGGUGAUGAAUUUCCAACAUUGGAGUCAUUGCAAUUCAAUUUGGCUACACUAGAAGCAGCAACUAACCAGUUCUCAUUGGCGAAUAAGAUAGGAAGUGGAGGAUUUGGAGAAGUUUACAAGGGGGUUUUGUUAGAUAGCAGACAAAUAGCCGUAAAAAAACUUUCAAAAACUUCAGGACAAGGCACAAUAGAAUUUAAAAAUGAGAUUGUGCUAAUAGCCAAACUCCAACAUAGGAACUUGGUAACCUUGUAUGGAUUUUGCUCGGAAGAACAAGAAAAAAUGCUUGUUUAUGAAUAUGUACUAAAUAAAAGUCUUGAUUACUUCUUAUUUGAUCCUCAUAAGGAAAGAGUCUUGAGUUGGCGUGAAAGAUAUAAUAUCAUAGGUGGUAUUGCACGAGGGAUUCAUUACUUACAUGAUCAAUCAAGACUUAAAGUCAUACAUCGUGAUCUCAAACCUAGCAAUAUAUUGUUAGAUAAGAAUAUGAAUCCAAAAAUAUCAGACUUUGGUAUGGCAAAAAUGAUUGAUAUAGAUGAACAUCAAGGAAAUACUAAGAGAAUUGCUGGAACUUAUGGUUAUAUGUCUUCCGAAUAUGCAAUGCAUGGACAUUAUUCAGAAAAAUCAGAUGUGUUUAGCUUUGGAGUGAUAAUUAUAGAGAUAAUUAGUGCAAAGCGGAAUGCCCUUAGUCUUCAUUCACUGGAUUUUGAUGACCUCUUGAGUUAUGCUUGGAAAAAUUGGAGGGAUGAAAAAUCUUUAGAAAUAUUGGAUUCUAAUAUAGAAAAAUCAUAUUCUUAUAUUGAAGUCAUAAGAUGCAUUCAAAUUGGUUUAUUAUGUGUGCAACAAAAUCCAGAUGAUAGACCAACAAUGGAAAGAAUUGUUUCAUAUCUGAGUAAUGUUUCAGUUGAGUUACCAUUGCCUCAAGAGCCUGGAGGUUUCAUGGGUAAUAGAACGAAUCAAAUACCAAGGGAUAACAUUUCGGAUCAACGUAAUAAUAGCAAUACUACGGGAUCCUCAGUCAAUGAUAUCACCAUGAAUAAUUCUUUUCCUAGAUAGCUUGACAAUCAUCUUCUUACAAACUAUUUUUUUAUUUUUUUCUUGUAUAAAAUAUUCUUAUUUGUAAUUAAUGAAUGAAUUUCAUGGUAAAUCAUCGAUUUUCUACGAUGACUAAUGAGACAUAAUUGGAUGAGCUUUCAAUGUUGUAUUUUUUUUAAGAAAAAUUAAACCCCAUGUUGAAUAAAGAUAUUUUAUUGAGGGAGUUUAUAUGUAAAGA